AUGGCCGGAAUCCUAACUACCACAGCCGGAUCAAUCUCUUUCCGAUUCAUCAAUGGUGACGGCUUGUCUCCUGCAAACUCGACCGGAUCAACCUCGAAAUCCAAUGUAUAUAUUGGGGGCCGAAAUGUUCCUAAGGCGUCGCUUCAUGCCGUGAUCGAUGAACCAAUGGUUGAAUCUACGAAGACGAAACCAAGAAGUUUAUAUGAUAUUCUACGUGUGAAGAGAAGUGCCACGCCUACUGAGAUCAAAACGGCGUACCGGAGUUUGGCGAAGCGGUACCAUCCAGAUGCUUUCGAUUCAAAGCAGAACGAUGAUUUUGAUUUUAUCGAUAUUCAUAACGCUUACGCUACUUUAUCUGAUCCAACGGCACGAGCUUUGUACGAUCUGAAGUUGACUACAGGAUUUGAACGGCGGUCAAUAGGAAAGAGUUCUGCCUUCUACACCGGUCGCCGAUGGGAGACGGAUCAGUGUUGGUAG